AUGCUUGUUGCUGACUUAAAGGAUUAUCACAAAUGCUCUAGAGUAUUUUCAGGAGGGCAGGCCGAUGCACUUGAUUGGUGGGAAACCCUCCCUGUCAGUGCCAAGCACUGUCCAUUGAAGGCAUUCACGAUCAUAAUCCACUCAAUUGUACCUCAUGCUGCUGAUGUUGAGUGUUAUUUCUCGGGUCUGGGUGGGGUACAAUCUGUGAAGUGCUGCAACCUAUCAGUUCAGACUUUUGAGUCUCUGAGCAAACUCCAGGCAAGCUAUGCAAAUUUCUUGCACAAGGUGGAUCACGAAGCCAGCAAGCCAGUACAUUGCAAACAUGCCCAUAUGCACACUCGGCCAGAGCAUGGACUUGACACAGCCUUUGCAGACAAACUUCAAAGGUCAUUUGCAUGGGUGCCACCACUCGCUGGUGCCUCUUGUAACUCAGAUGAUGAAUUUCUUGCAGGUCCUGAGUCAAUUACAGAUGAGGAGCUGCUUGAAGAAUUUGACAGGUUUGAAAAUGAGAUGCUGGAGUCACGAGGCUUGCAAGAAGGUACUGGUGAAGUCCCAGAUAUUUUCAAGGGAGAUAUUAUUGAUUGGGAUGAGCUGGAGAAAGUCAAUAAAGGAAUUACACCUGCAGGGUUUGUUGAAGAGAUUGAUGUGGUUGGCUGUGGGUCACAAGGCACGGAGGCAGGCUGGAACAUCAAUGCACUGUUGACGUCAGAGGGUGUAGCAUCCAUGCAAUAG